UCCUCGGAGUUUCACGCCAGUUCUAGAGGUUCUAUUGCCCCUUUUUCCCAUCUAUAUUGAAACCUCCUGGUAUUUACGCCCCUGCGAAUCAGCAAACCCUAGAGAAGAGAACUUUUCAAAAUGGAGCCCCAAAUCGUGGACGUACGAUCAGUUGUAGAAGCAGUUUCUGCGGAAGACUCCGACGCUCCUGUCUACGAAGUCGAAAGCCUCUGCAUGCGUUGCGGCGAAAACGGGAUAACCAGGUUUCUGUUAACUCUAAUACCACAUUUUAGAAAGAUAUUGUUGUCAGCCUUUGAAUGUUCACAUUGUGGGGAGAGGAAUAAUGAAGUGCAGUUUGCUGGUGAAAUACAGCCUAGAGGUUGUCUUUACCGUCUGCAAGUUCCAGCAGGUGAUCAAAAGGUGCUUAAUCGUCAAGUGGUGAAAUCAGAAACUGCCACGAUUAAGAUCCCUGAACUGGACUUUGAGAUACCGCCUGAAGCACAGCGUGGGUCUUUGUCAACGAUUGAAGGGAUAUUGGUAAGAGCUGCGGAUGAAUUGGGGGCCCUUCAGGAAGAACGGAAGAAAGUGGAUCCCCAGACAGCUGAAGCAAUAGAUCAGUUCUUGGUGAAACUGAGAGCUUGUGCCACUGGAGAUUCACCAUUUGCUCUCAUUCUUGAUGAUCCUGCUGGUAACAGCUUCAUCGAGAAUCCGCUUGCUCCAUCUCCGGAUCCAUUAUUAACCAUGCAAGCCUACGAGCGAAGUCGCGAGCAAGUUGCUUCAUUGGGGUAUCUUGAGGGAGAACCCAGUACCGAAACAUCAGAAGAAAGGACAAACAAUGUCUCUGAACAAUUGCAAAGAGAACCACAUGGCUCUGUUGGAGCAAGAGCUGGCCGCAGAGCUAUUGCUCAGGGUAACAGUGCAGAAAUUGCUGAAACUCUAUUUCGAUAUUCUGCACCGGAGGAGGUCAUGACUUUUCCAUCAACUUGUGGAGCUUGUGCUACUCAGUGUGAGUGCCGAAUGUUUGUUACAAACAUUCCAUACUUCCAAGAAGUGAUUGUCAUGGCAUCCUCUUGUGAUGCUUGUGGUUACCGUAAUUCAGAGGUGAAGCCUGGUGGACGUAUUCCUCUGAAAGGAAAGAAAAUCAAAGUUCAUGUGAAGAACAUAAAAGACCUUAACCGAGACGUGAUAAAGGCCUUGAGCGAGUACAUGGGUUUACUUUUGGUGAUAGUCUUGAUGAUACCAGAAGGAGAAAGUGGAAGGAGUUCAGAACAAGACUUGACAAGCUGGCAACUCAUUGAAUUACAACUAGGCUUGAAACGGAUUGUGAUGCUAUUCCUGGUGGCAAUGUUCAAUGCAAUUGUGGUUUAACCCUCGAAUAUGCUGUGUCAAUUCUCAAUCAACUCCUGCCCUGCAAGAGCACUACUUUCGCACCUCUAUGGAGGUUGUUCUGUCUUAAACAUCUUAGAGAAGCAUCUUGGUGCUCCUUAGCUACUUUGAUUUUAUUUUUGGACUAUUAUUUAAAAUUUGAAUUUGUAUGGGCUCGGGCCCAAUCUCAUUAGGGUUGCUUUACUAUUUAAACCUAUUUUGCAUUUUAAUUUUCAGUUGAUGAAUGAAUAAUGCUUUGGUGGCUUAUGGCGCAUUCCUCUCUUCCUAUUUUCUCUCUUCCCUUCUAUUGAAUCCCCCGUCCCCUUUCUUCUCUCUAAUUCCCCCUCCCCAUAGAUCUAUUCUAAUUUGCAAUUAGUUGUUCCGUUGGUGCUGCAUCAAAUUUGGUAUCAGAGCUAAACCUUGGGUAAUUUCUUUCCUACAAUCCAAAAGUUCUUCUCAUCUCUUCCCAAAAUUUGUUGGAACAACACAAUUGAAAUAGAUUUAGCGUAAAAGCAACGUUUGUCAUUUUUUAUUUUUAGUUCAUUGUCAUUCAAAAAAAUAAAAUAAAAUCGCGCUACUGUUCAUACCCGAAAUUCCAAUAUAGAAUUUUUACAAUUUAAAAAAAAAAAAAUAAUUUAGAGAGAAAUUUCAUUCAGUGCUGCUGCUAAAGUGUUGUUUUAACCCUAAUUCUCAAAUAUUAGCCCCACAUACAAAACCAACCGAUAACCCCAAUCCCAAACUCACUCAGCCCGUAGCUCACAGCCCAACACCCACAUUAGCCCAUUACUCAACCAUUUAAAUUCUCUCGACCCGACCCAAUCCUUCAACAUCACCAUGCCUCUCUGCCUUCCCGACAUCUCAGCGCCGGCUUCAUCUCCCUUAUCAACUCAACUGCGCCGGCGACCCUACUCUUCAACACCGUUGGCGCAGCCCCACAUCAUUACUCACACAAUCCACCGCCAACAACAAAUCCACCACAAAGCUUGCACUUUAAACUCGUCUCUGUCUGAACUGGCCCUCCUCCCAGAUGCCGUCGCCCGCCGCCACAAGCUACCAAAAGACCUCCACCCUCGUCUAUUACGCACGACCAUCUCGGUUUCUUCUCUACACUCACACACCAAAAGUUCGACUCUCCCCCUCUCGUUGACCGUUCGUCCAAGUCAGUCACAUAACCAUAACCACCAUUCUCAAGUCACAAUACAGCACACCCAUGAGCAGCCGUAGCUACUCGCAUCUCUGUCGAGCUCAACACGAUCCCAGAUUUUUAUUGAACACCUACAACAAGCUGCCCUUCUUGGAUUCUCGAUUUUGACUUCUCAUCUUUGCCUUCGCACCUGUCGACCUCUAUUCUAUUGGCAAGAAUAUACACAUCAACCCAAAUUCAAAGGAAUUCAGAUUCGUCAGAGGCAAUUUUUGUGGAAUUGGCUAAUAUUUGUACCAUUCCACCAGCAUGCAUCACAAAUUUAGCAGGAGGAGUUCCUAAGUUGAAGGCAACUGAAGCAAGGGAUAGAACAGAAACGUACCUGGGGUCCCACACAGUGGCAAUUCAAUCCAAUCGGGAUAUUGGGAGUCACAACCGAACUGCAGGGAGUCACUACUCUUAUCUAUCUUUCGUUUAUACCGUUGCUUCAUUUUAAAAUUGCAUCAAUUACAAUAUUAGUGUUGCUAUUAUUUGCUAAUUAUAGCCUUACACCCUACUAGAUCGAAUUUCAUGAAUUAACUCUCUUUGUUCCCCGAUUACCCGCGUGAUUAGUCAUUUCGAAUAAUCCAUUAUAUCCUUGCUUUCAAUUUUAUUUGCACCAGUAUUAUUAGCUUGUUAAGAUCGGACUUUCCGUAAUCCCAUUUUUUAACAAACACCAAAAAAAAAAAAAAA